AUGAUAGAUCACGUCUUAGGACGGCCUUCAGUCAAGUCUCGAAGGCUCCAAGUCCUGGCAGUCUUGACUUUUUGGUCUGCCUACUUAGUUAAGGGUCAUCAACAUGGCCCUCCAGGCGCCCAAUUCUUCUCAAGACUCUUCUCCAAGCGUCUAACAGCCUGGCAAACCGUCGUGAUAACAAUGAUUUACCUAUACGCCGCCCGCAACUUCAGCACCCUCGUCGGUCUGGCCAGUCCAGAACCUUUAGCCAACAUGUACGACGCCACCUACUACCGAGCGACAUGGGUCCUGACCGCGCUGGACGCUGGAUUCUGGACAGCCAUGAAGAUCAAGACCAAGUGGCUGCGCGACAUGGCGAGCAUCGUUUUCUCACUCUUCUAUCUCGUUGCUGCUGAAAAAGCGGACGAGAAAGUUCGGAAGGUUAGGGGGAUGAUCACGGUUGAGCAUCUUCGGGUUUCUUGGAAUAAGGGUACUUCGCCGUAUUUGAGUUUCUUCCAGGGACUUAUGAGACCGCGGUUUAUGAGAUGGCCGCCGAGACAGAUUCGAAUCCCGAGACCUUCGGAUAGCGACUAUAAGGAGCCUGUUCUUGCAUGGCUGUACUACGAUGGGCCUUUGUCAGAUCUUGAGCGCCAUGAUAGGAUUAUUCUGGAUAUUCCGGGUGGUGGUUUCGUUGCUAUGGAUCCUCGUUGCAAUGACGACAAGUUAUUCUCAUGGGCGGCCAAGUCAGGACUACCUAUUCUGAGUCUCGACUACAAGAAGGCACCCGAGUUUCCGUACCCAUACGCACUGAAUGAGUGCUUCGAUGUCUACAGGACCAUCGUCAACACGAAGGGUCGAUGCAUGGGUCUACCAGGCACUGAGGUUCCUCGGAUUAUCAUCACAGGUGAUAGCGCUGGAGGAAACCUCGUGGUCGCGGCGACCUUGAUGAUCAUGGAAACAAGACAUCCGGCGUUCCGAAGACCGGGACAAACUGAUCUACCAGCUCCUGAUGGACUGGUUUGCUUCUACCCAGCUUUGGAUAUGAACAUUGGCAACUGGAUGACUGAUGAGCAAAUGUCUCUGAUCAAGGAUCGAAAGAUGAGAAAGACCAAUCGGAGAAUCAUGCGACGAAAGAGCAUGCAGUACAAUGAGCUUGUGGGAACGCCUCACCAUUCCGAUGAUGAGGAAGAAGGAUCGCCACCACCGGAUGCCAAGUUGAACGGUAAACUGAACAGUUUGACAACAAAAGAAGCUCAGAUUGUGGCGUCUCAAGGACCUAAAAGCCCACACCCCGAGUUCUCUCAUGUCGGACCUCGAUCGCUGAGUUUCCCAAAGGAGGCCCCAGAAGCCAAUGGAAAGAACGCAUCUCAUCACGUUGAACCGAUGAAGACACGACUGGCGACGUCGUCAAUGAUCUCUUAUUUCAAUGAUCGAGUUCUUACCCCAGAGAUGAUGAGAGCCAUGAUCAUCCUAUACAUCGGCGCCCACAACCGCCCAGACUUCAGCCAGGACUAUCUCCUCAGUCCCGUCCUCGCACCCGAGGCUUUACUCGUUGACUUCCCCAAGACGUACUUUAUGACCGGAGAACGAGAUCCGUUAGUCGACGAUACAGUCAUCUUUGCUGGGAGACUUCGCCGUGCCAAAGAAGCUGCCUUUGUACAAGAUGAAGCCGACGGAGCAGACUUCAACGACAGAGAUGCUGCGGAGGUCAUGUUGAUUCCCGGCACAUCCCAUGGCUUUAUGCAGUUCCCAACCGUAUAUCCUCCCGCCUGGAGACACUUUGAACGAUGCGUGGACUGGUUUGACCAGCUCUUCGAGCACGCCCACGUCAUGCGCGUUCGCAAAGAUCGCCAAGCAAGAGCUGCAGUUUCUCAGACUAAUGGUUUCGGCAUCAACGGUGACGGAAGACACCAUGCUCGUACCGAAUCCAGUGGAGAAGAAGAUAAACCUCUCGAGAUCAGCAUGACAAAGAUGAACCAGCGUCGAAGUUCCAACCAGCCAUCACCACCUCUGCCGAAGCAAGAUACUGUCUUGACAGAGAUCCAUGACGGUAGUGGAAGCGGAGAUACGACGCCACGGGCGUAUACUAAUGGAGAUGGGGAUAAGAAGAGACGGAAGAGUGUGGGGUUGAGCAAGAGUAAGAACAGGAAUAAGAGUCUGAUCAAGUUGAAGAGUUCGGAUGAUUUACUCGGGAGGAGAAUGCAAGGUCUGGCUAGUGGGCUGACAGGUAUGGUUGACGAUGAGGACUGA